AUGGCCGUGUGUAUUCCUGAACCAGGCUAUAACUCAUCGGAUUACUCACGUGUCAAGACCACAGAAGAAGGCAUUAAUCUGUUUGGACGCCGGCUGCUGGCCAGUGCCAGCACAAGCACAAAUGAUAGCGAUCGUGAUGGUUAUAUGCUGCUUGAGACCGAGUUUCCUGGUGUCAUAGCCAUCUACACGAUCGUCAAUGCACUUUCCUUGCUAGGAUUUGCCUUCAUUCUCACCACAUACCUGUUGUUUCCACCCGUGCGCAAGCAACACUCGUCGCUGCUUGUGUGGGUGGCACUCAUGGGUAUACUUUUCCAUGGCACCGUGCUAGCCCGGACUCCUGCAACCUAUGGAGCUUGCUGCGCCACAGCUCCAAUUGUUCAGCUAGCACUCCUCUCGCACGAGCUCUAUUUCUUUGCACUUGCAUUCAACUUUUACUUUACUACCAAGUACCCGUUUCGGUCGUCGAGGUGGCUAAACCCGAUCUAUCAUAUUGCCGUAUGGACUAUUAGUAUUGCUGUUACGAUUAUGGCUUCGCAAAUAGGCACGGAACGAGUCAGCUCUUAUGGUUUCUGCUGGUACGCCUCUGAUUACGACGGCGCCGUGGACGAUGGCGAGUUUAUCCUGCUGGAAAUCUUUUUCAUUCCGAUCUCCGCAGGGUAUUGUGUUAGUAUUGGCUGGUAUAUCUUAGCUACUAAACGCGUACGGCUCACAAUGGGAAGUAGUACUACAACCCGCACGAAUUUGGAUUCAAUGCGAAGUUUCUUGUUCUGGAGUUUUUCUCUGUGGAUGGUUGUGACAAUCCCGUACAUCUUGCGGCACCGUCAUGUAGUCGCAAACAACUCAGCUGAAGAGAAAGCCUUGCGGUUCAUAGGACGUGUGUCGAUUGCGUUUUUGGGUACUGGUAGUGCGAUACUCUGGACGAAAUCGAUGAGUGUCCUCAAGACUUUCAAGCUAUGGCGUCAGCGGAACUGGGAUGACUAUUUCAAGGUGUAUGACGCUUCGUGGGUACUGCGUCGGGAAAUCUUGUACUUUGCCACAAAGGGUAUUCAGCUCGGCGCGAGUAGCGCCAAGGGUAUUCCGGAGAACGAUAGCACUAGCCCAAACGUUGAGUCCAUCUUCUCUUUUACACAACGCUCGGGUAUUUUUCCGUGGCAGCUGCGACUUGGAACUAUAUCACAGGUGCCGGACGUGCUCUCAUUUGAGCUAGAUGGCGCUUUGUCCGGCCAGAAAGCUCUUUUUCGCGAUUAUGAGCCAGAGGUCUUUCAUGAAAUCCGACGAAUGUCCGGGAUCACUCGCGAGAGCUAUAUUCAAUCGUUCAAGGGUAGCACGCGCGAGCGAUUUAGCGAAGGAAAGAGUGGUUCGUUCCUCUACUAUACAGGUGACCAGAUUUUUAUACUGAAGACAUGCACGCCAGCUGAGCAGAAGUAUCUUUUAUACAUUCUACCCCAGUACAUGGCACAUUUGCGCCGCAACCCGAACAGCUAUCUAUGUCGCUACGUGGGUUGCCACGAGCUGGUAAUGGAGCACCACUCGGUUCUGUUCAUCGUGCUGACCAACAUAUUGAACAAUCCGAGCGUAAAUAUUGACGAGCUGUACGAUCUUAAGGGUGCAUGGGUUGGUCGGCACCGCGGCGAUUCUCCUAGCGGUACACAGCGUGUAUGCAAAUUCUGUGGUCGUGAUUUUGUUGUAGGUAUGUCCGAGGAGGUGUGCUCUCAUAACCCAAAUGCUGGAUUUGGUCACGCGGAGUUUGUUGUAGGAAAAGAUUUGAAUUGGUCGUGUCGACGACUUGGACUUCCUACUGACCUAGCCGAGCAACUUGGUAGUCAGUUGUACGCCGAUACAGAGUUCUUGCAGCGCAUGAAUUCGAUGGACUACAGUUUAGUGAUAGGUUUGAGCCGCCAUAAGUCUUUUUCUGCUUCCAGCGGCGGUGGCACAGUACUAUCACGGAGUGUUGGUCCACAUAUUAAGGGGAAGCUGUUUGUGAGCGGAAAUAGUGCUGAUGAGGCAGUCUACUUAGAGUCGUCAAGCCCUAACGGUGCUACCCUCCAAGGUCUUAGUCGUCCUAGGGAAAAUAUGGCAACGUUCUGCGCUGACGCGUGUGUCGUGAACAUGGGCAUCAUAGACAUUUUAACUCCGUGGUCUUUCAAAAAGAGUCUCGAGCGGUGGAUGCGCGUGCGACUGCAGUGUCGCGAUGCGAAGGGAAUUUCGUGCAUGAAGCCCAUCCCAUAUGCUGAUCGCUUUCGUCGAAAUGUGAUCGACACUGUUAUUUUUGGUCGCCGUCUCGGGUCCAAAAGACGUCAUCCGGAAAAACAUCAAGCAGAGUCAAUUAUGGUGGAUUUUACGAGUAUGUCCAUGGACGUGAACUUCUCUAUGGAUAUUGCAAACUUGUCAGUGGAUACUCCGUCCAAUCUCUCAAUGGAAAUAUAG